AUUCUUAUUACUAACCAUUUUCCUUAUAUUAGAAGUGGGCGGAGCAACACUUGAUAUACCGGCGCAACAAGUAACUCGACUGGCAAUGGCAUUGAUCGGUUUCGGAACGUACGCGCUUUGUACAGCUUGGGGGUGAAAGUGUAUCGCUACGUAACGACUUACAUUAAAUCUUCGACCUCGAAAUAAAAACAUUAUUUAAAGACUGGUGAAGUAUUACCUACUUCUUUUUAUUUUCAUCAACUUUUAAUAUUGUAACCAAUGUAAUGGUGCAAGUGAGGCGGGUAAUUCUUAAACUUUUUAAUGGUUAUGAUUAGCUUUGAUGAUUAUUGUUUUGCUUUUGUUUGUAAUUUUAGUCAUUGAGAAAGCUUGUUGAUUUUAGCGGUAAAUGGUAAUGUAAAAAUUAUCAAUGAAUAUUGAAUAAACUGUUUAUAUUAUAUGAUAGCAGUUUUGACAAUUGACAUCUGAAUACUGCUGAAUACUUGCAAGUUGCAAGAGAUUCUUUUAAAAGUUUCCAACCAGAGUAAAAAAUAAAUUGGAAAAUUUUGAAUAUCUAUUUAGUUGUAGGUUUUCUUUUGCUUUAGAAUUUGUACUUGAAAUAUCAAUUUAUAAGCGUAUAAUAACACCAAAUUACGAUGGUAAACUUAAAGAAUAUUAUGACCCCCAAGAUGUACGAUGUUAUAGAAGCAGCAGGAAUCUGUACUGUAAAAGAAAUAAUAAAUCUUUCCACGUGGGACAUACAAAAAUUAACAAAUAUGAAAGAAGAAGACAUAGGCAUUCUCAAAAAUUUAGUCGCUAAGUAUUUUUGUCCUGAAAUUGUAACAGCUGAAAAAUUAGAGAAAGAAAGGCACAUUAAAACAGGAUGCGCAGGCUUCGAUGAUAUAUUAAAUGGUGGAUUUCGAGUUGGCACACUGAGUGAAAUAUAUGGUGAAAGUGGUGCAGGCAAAACACAACUAGUAUUGCAAAUAGCAGCACAAUGUGGAAAAGAUGGAUCUAUAUACAUUUGCACUGAAGACGCAUUUCCAGUAAAACGUUUUAAUCAACUACUAGAACAUCACAUUCAUCAGACAUCUUAUAGCGAACAUCGAGAGAAAAUAUUUAUUGAACACAUAACAGAGAGUCAGGAUCUUUUAUCAUGUGUCCGCGUACGAUUACCAAAAUUACUAGAACAAAAAAAAGUUUCAGUCAUAAUCGUUGAUUCUAUAGCAGCACCUUUUCGAGUUGAUGUUACCAAUUAUGUUCACCGAGCAGAGGAGUUAAGAGAACUAGGUAUAUUAUUGAUAAAUAUCGCACAAAAAUAUGGUCUAGCAGUCAUUGUCAUCAAUCAAGUUACAUCUUCUUUUGACGAAUUCGAUAAUGUCUUACCCUCUUUAGGGCUUGCAUGGUCAAACAUAGUAACGUACAGGUGCAUGUUAAAACGAAAGGGGUUAGAGGUAAACACAAAUAAUUUUAAUAAUGUAAAUGUUCGUGAAUUGAUUGUUGUAUUUGGUCCUGAUUUACAGAAUAAAAAUUGUAAAUUUAUUAUUGAUUCUAGCGGCAUUAAAACUAUAUAAUAUAUUAAA